AGCCUGGGCGGACAGCGGCGGGUAGGAGUGGCCGCGGAGGUUGCAGUGACUGGCGGACUCCCAGUCGGCGGCUUGCGGCAGCGUCGCCACUUCCUGUCAGCCGCUCGAUCAGAGCAGAGCCGAAGCGAGGGCGGAGGAGGCGCGGAGUGGAGCGGGAUGGCAGAGAACAGCUCCGAGACAAGCGGCUCCGUUCACCGGAGAUGUCCGACCCAUUCUUCCCCGGGGGUCGGAGCCUCCAAGUGGAUCCGGCUGAAUGUCGGAGGGACGUAUUUUCUAACGACGAGGCAGACGCUGUGCCGAGACCCGAAAUCCUUUCUGUUCAGGCUGAGCCAGGCUGAUCCGGAGCUCGAUUCCGACAAGGAUGAAACUGGUGCCUAUCUCAUCGACAGAGACCCCACGUACUUCGGGCCAGUGCUGAACUACCUGAGGCAUGGCAAACUGGUGCUCAACCGGGACUUGGCGGAGGAAGGAGUUUUGGAGGAAGCCGAGUUCUACAACAUCACAUCAUUAAUAAAACUCAUCAAGGACAAGAUCAGGGAACGGGACUGCAAAACAUCACAGGUUCCAGUGAAGCACGUGUACCGGGUUCUGCAGUGCCAGGAGGAGGAGCUGACCCAGAUGGUGUCCACCAUGUCUGACGGCUGGAAGUUCGAGCAGCUUGUCAGUAUAGGUUACGGGCGGGCCCACCAGGCAGAGUAUCUGCUGAUUGUGUCAAGGGAGGUGAAGGGAGAGGAGUCUGCUUUGCCAAACAACAGCGGAGAGCUCGUCAGCAUCGGCUCCUCCUAUAACUACGGAAACGAAGACCAGGCCGAGUUCCUGUGCGUCGUUUCCAAGGAGCUGCACAACCAGUCGUACGGGACCAACAGCGAGCCCAGCGAGAAGGCAAAGAUUCUCCAGGAGCGGGGAUCCCGGAUGUGAGGCGGACUCAGUAUUAGGAGCUCCAGGUGUUUUCAUCCAGACGUAUCAUAUCUGUGGAAGAGCGUUGAGCACAAACAGAGUUUUUGGGGGGCGGUGUGCAUUUAUUCGUCUUCCCUCCACUUUUGUUUUAUUUCUCGAUGUAAAUAAGUCUGUUUACUGACAAGUCGUGCCUGUACAUUUAAACUGGACCUUUUUGCUUUUUUUGAAUUGGCGGCAAGUAUUUUUUUCUUUUUUUUUUUUAUAUGAAAGUGAGGAAUUGUAAUCGACUGUUUUAUGCUAUAAAAUAUGGCCGCCAUCAUAUAGGGCCAACGAGUCA